GCACAUAAUUAAUCUAAAUAAGUAUCAUUUGAGAACUAGUGUUCGUCAAAGCAACUAACAAGAAAUCAAUAUGAAGUUCUACGCAGUCCUCGCUUUCCUUGUAGCCUUCAUGGCUUUCGUGCAUGCAGCUCCUGCAGACGAGGAGUACAGUGUGGCGGGGUUGUCGGGCGAGGUGACGGUGGCGGUGGAGGUGUUCGGCAGCGCGCGGCAGCGGAUCUGCACGGCGGCGCUGUGCCGCGCGGUGUGCCAGUCGCUGGGCUUCCCGCGCGGCAGCUGCAACGCGCAGCUCCUUUGCGUCUGCAGACGUUGAGACGUGUUCAUAUAUCGUGCAAUCUAAAAUAUUUCAUUAAGUUUUUGAACAAAGUUUUUAUGUGAUUGAUUUUUGUACCGCAUAAAUUGUAUGUAAUUAAAGCCAUAUUUUUUAAA